AUGCUCUCUCUCUCACCUCUCCAUCUCUCUCCUCCCAAACUUUCUUCUCUCCCGCGCACCUUCUCUCUCCAACCUUUCUCUCUCUCCUGCCCCACUCCGCCCUCCUCACUCCGCCGUCUCCGCCGCCGCCUCGAAAUCCGAGCAAUCGACGCCGCGCAGCUCUACGACUACGAGUCCAAGCUCGCAGCCGAUUUUCAAUCCUCCACCAAACUUAAGAUCGCCAUUGUCGGAUUCGGCAACUUCGGCCAAUUCCUCGCCAGAACCUUCGUCCAACAAGGCCACACAGUCCUUGCCCACUCCCGGUCGGACCAUUCCCGAAUCGCCGAAACCUUAGGCGUUUCAUUCUUCUCCGACGCCGACGACCUCUGCGAAGAACACCCCGAGGUAAUCCUCCUCUGCACCUCGAUAAUCUCCACGGAAAAUGUGCUCAAAUCCCUACCUUUGCCGCGAUUGAGACGAAGCACAUUGAUCGUCGAUGUUCUAUCGGUGAAAGAAUUUCCAAAAAAUUUGCUUCUCAAUCUUUUGCCUAAUGAUUUUGACCUAAUUUGUACGCACCCAAUGUUCGGGCCCGAGAGUGCUCGGAAUGGAUGGAAUGGACUUUUCUUUGUGUACGAUAAAGUUAGGAUUGGGGCAGAGGAAUCUAGGGUUUUGAGGUGCGAGAGCUUUUUGGGGAUAUUUGAGAAAGAAGGAUGUGAAAUGGUGGAGAUGAGCUGUGCUGAGCAUGAUAGAUUCGCUGCCGAGUCUCAGUUCAUCACUCACACUGUUGGGAGGGUUUUGGAGGGGUUGAAGUUGGAAUCAACGCCGAUUAACACAAAAGGGUAUGAGACACUGUUGAAUUUGGUAGAAAAUACUGCAGCUGAUAGCUUUGAUUUGUAUUAUGGGUUGUUUGUGUAUAAUAAGAACUCGCUUGUGAUGUUGGAGAGGUUGGAUUUGGCUUUUGAGGCUUUGAAGAAUCUGCUAUUUGGGCGUUUGCAUGAUGUAGUGAGGAAGCAGUUGUUUGGGGGUCAAGAAAGAUUGCAGAUUUCAAGGGAGGAGUACAAACAUUCUUCUAAUGGAGCUGCUUUGCCAUCUUCUUCAGAAGCUACGAGGUAAAAGUCACUUUCCACAAUUGACAAUAAACUACAGAUUUUCAAACGCUUUGACAAUGGCUCAAAGCUGAAGAUUGCAAUUAUUGGAUUUGGAAAUUUUGGACAAUUCCUGGCUAAAACCAUGGUAGGCCAAGGCCACACAGUUUUGGCCUAUUCUCGUUCGGAUUAUUCAGAUGUUGCUCAAAGACUAGGAGUGUCUUACUUCUCUGAUGCAGAUGAUCUUUGCGAAGAGCAUCCAGAAGUGAUACUUCUUUGUACUUCAAUUCUUUCGACUGAGAAAGUUCUCAGGUCAUUGCCACUUCAAAGAUUGAAAAGGAGCACUCUGUUUGUUGAUGUGCUUUCGGUGAAAGAGUUCCCGAGAAAUUUGUUUCUCCAAAAUUUACCACAAGAUUUUGAUAUCCUCUGCACGCAUCCUAUGUUUGGACCAGAGAGUGGUAGAAAUGGGUGGAACUCCCUAACUUUUGUUUAUGACAAGGUUAGGAUUGGAAGCGAGGAAUCAAGAAUUUCACGGUGUGAGAUAUUUCUUGAAAUAUUUGCACGAGAAGGGUGCCAAAUGGUGGAAAUGACUUGUGCAGAACACGAUAAGCAUGCAGCAGGGUCGCAGUUCAUUACACAUACUAUGGGAAGGAUUCUUGAAAAGUUGGGUUUGGAGUCAACACCAAUAAACACGAAAGGUUACGAAACGUUGUUGAGGUUGGUGGAGAACACAGCAGGAGACAGCUUUGCUCUUUACUAUGGCUUGUUCAUGUAUAAUGUAAAUGCAAUGGAGCAGCUAGAGAGGUUAGACCUGGCUUUUGAAUCGUUGAAGAAACAACUUUUUGGGCGUUUGCAUGGGGUUCUUCGAAAGCAAUUGUUUGAGAAUGCUGAUGAGUCCCAAGUUUUUCUGGUAAAACCCAUGUUAAUGCUGUCUGAAAAUCGUACCACACUAGGAUCUUCUUCUGAGGCCUUGAACAUUCAAAAGAAUUAGCUCAAGCUUCCCUCACUGUUGGGCUUGCUGUGGAGUUCAAGUGUUGUCCUCACUUGGUCACUCUAUCUAAACAGAUUCGGUGCUAAAAGAAAGAAGUAUUGAUUUUGGGUAAACUCUUUCCUUACUCCUUGAAUUCAUCAACACCAUUAAGAAACAACGAGAUGCAGGAAAUUGUUGAAUUCACUUGUGCAACAACGCAUAUAGGAGCAAGAGGUUUCAAAUUAAGUUGAAAUCUAUCUAAGAACCUAAAAAGACUAGUAGCAAGGGAUGAUGCAAUUGAUGGAACUUCGAAAAGACAGGAUGAAUAUGCUAGAGGUUUGUGAAGGUACAUGUAUGUUAAGAAAUCCCUUGAUAGUUUAAGGCAAAAAGCCCUUCAUUGGCCUAUUUUUGAUGAGUUUAAGUUGCUGGGAGAAUUUUUUGGUCAUUCCUCCUUUGCGAUUCUGACUUUUUGUUUGUUGCAUCUUUUUUAAGAAUAGAA